AUGCUGAGCCGGAAACUGCCAUCAAGUCCCUGGCUCUGCCCCUACUUGGUCAUAUGGUCCUCUAGUCGAGGACUGCUUCACAAAAAACGACAUAGUGUUCUCGAUUCACCAGCAGCUCUCUCCGGGAAGCCUCUGGAGUGUGGCUUCUCCGGGUUGGGGUCUGUCCCCUAUGGCCAAUGCUGGCAGAACCUCCGCCGCUUUUCUGCCAUCGAGAUAUUCUCGGCUGCCCGAAUUGCUGCUUUGGCUAGCAUCCGGACAGAGGAGAUUCGGCUAAUAGUGAAAGAACUGAUGGAGGAGGGUGGCUCCAAGAAAGUGAACUUGGCUCGGAGACAAUCAAAGUUACGGACUAUCGGGUUCAUGGUCUCUCUAGUCGAUCCGGAAAAACUUGGAGAAGGUGAAUUGGAGAAUAUAAGAGGGAUUUUCAGUCCGACGCUUGAGGCAACUGUCUGCGACUACUUUCCAUGGCUAAGGUGGUUAAGUUUUCAUGGACUGGAAAAGAGGUUCUUGAGAAUUCACAAGAGAAGGGAUGAGUUCAUGCAGAGGAUGACAGAAAAUCACAGGAAGAAAUUCCCUUCCUCUCCUUCUAGACGUGACGAGGAUGAAUGCCAGAGUGAUAAGGGAGGAUUUGUCCAUAAAAUGGGUACAACUUAG